AUGGCUAAUACAGAAUUGCUUUUAGACACAUCUGCUACAACUUCAUUUACGGACCAAAUGAGUUCUGCUACUGGGUUAGAUAACUUGCAGUUAGUCACCUCAUUAUCCAUGAGUAAAGGUCAGCAUCAGGAUGCUGCUGAGAUAAGUAAUAGUGCCAACGACGAUAUUUUGGUUGCUUCAUCGUCAGCUGCAGAUGCUACAGGUUCAUUCAAAGCUAGUUCUGCACUUCGCACUUUAACGCUACAGAGCAGUGCCUCGGGUAGCUCCAGUGGUUCUGGUGAACUGUCAUCCUUGGCCGCAAAUACCGGUCUGAUGACAUCUGCUAACAUGGGUGAAGGCAACAAGUCAAACAUGAAGAUGAAAUGGGCGUAUUCAUCAUUUGUUGUAGCAUCUUUUAUCCUCGGUUGUAUAUAA